ACUAUAUUGAUCCCAUAGCCACAAAGAAUCUGAGAUGACCGCUCACAUUAAUGCUAAUAAAACUAAUGUGAUCGAGGCCCUCUCACUCACUCUCACAUUAGCUUAAAUUGUCUACUCCAGUCCUAAUCUUCCAGCACUUUCGAUCUAGUCAUGGAAUCCGAUUCCUAUUACGCUUCCUUAUCCUCAUUCUGGUCGGAAUCCGAUGCCGGAAGCAGCGGAGUGAGCGGACCUUGGAGCGUGGUCCUCACGCUCUCCCUCGUUAUCCUUUGGUGCUCGUGGCUCUACUACAAGAGAUCAGACUCUAACUCGCGGCUGCCGCCAGGUCCCCCUCCGUCGCCCGCGAGGUCCUCAAGGACCAUGACGUCAUCUUCGCCAACCGCGACGUCCCCGCCGCGGGCCUGGCCUCCUCGUACGGCGGAUCCGACAUCGUGUGGACCCCGUACGGCCCGGAGUGGCGGAUGUUGCGGAAGGUCUGCGUGCUCAAGAUGCUCAGCAACACCACGCUCGACUCGGUCCACGAGCUGCGGCGGAACCAGGUCAGGCGAACGGUCGGGUUAUUCUACAGUCGGGUCGGGUCGCCGGUGGACGUGGGCGAGCAGAUGUUCCUGAACGUGCUGAACGUGAUCACCAACAUGCUGUGGGGCGGGACGGUGCAGGACGAGGCCUCCGGGCUCGGGGCGGAGUUCCGGCAAGUGGUAUCGGAGGGGACGGAGCUGCUGGCGAAGCCGAACGUUUCGGACUUUUAUCCGGGUUUGGCCCGGUUUGACUUGCAAGGGGUGUUCAAGCAGAUGGAGGGUUUAGGGAAGAGGAUUGAUGCGAUAUUCGAGAGAGUGAUAGAUCAACGGCUGAGGAUGGAGAAGGAAAGCGCGAAGGAGGAGGGGAGUAAAGAUUUUUUGACUUUUUUACUGCGGUUAAAAGAGGAGGGAGAUUCCAAGACGCCGUUUACUAUGACUCACCUCAAAGCCUUGUUUAUGGAUAUGGUUGUGGGCGGGACGUACACAUCCUCCAACACAAUUGAAUUUGCAAUGUCGGAAGUUCUGAACAAACCAGAAGUGUUACAAAAAGUCCAGCAAGAAUUAGAAGCAGUAGUUGGCAAAAACAGCGUUGUAGAAGAGUCUCACAUUCACAAGCUACCGUACUUAUAUGCUGUGAUGAAAGAAACACUGCGUUUGCACCCAGCCCUGCCUCUAUUAGUCCCACAUUGCCCAAGUGAGACAUGUACUGUGGGGGGUUAUACCAUUCCAAAGGGGUCUAGGAUUUUUGUUAAUGUUUGGGCUAUACAUAGAGACCCUUCUAGUUGGGAAAACCCAUUGGAGUUUGAUCCAACUAGAUUCUUGGAUGGUAAAUGGGAUUACAGUGGGAGUGACUUCAAGUAUUUUCCUUUUGGGUCCGGGAGAAGAAUAUGUGCAGGGAUAGCAUUGGCUGACCGGAUGGUGAUGCAUUCGCUUGCUACACUGCUGCAUUCUUUUGAUUGGAAAUUGCCACAGGGUGAGAAGUUGGAUCUUUCGGAGAAGUUUGGUAUUGUAUUGAAGAAGAAGAUAUCUUUGGUUGCCAUCCCAACUCCAAGGUUAUCAGAUCCAGCACUCUAUGAGUAGCCGACAAAGUGCUUUGUGAUGUCAACUUCUGUUAGGGUUAAUUUGGGCCUAAGACCGUACAUAUUUCUACUCAUGAUGUACGUACUGAAUCUACUUUGGUGAUUGGAGCAAAUUAUACUCUAUACUAAAAGGCAAAUUCUAAAUUACUGUUCAUUACUGCUUAAUAAAAUAGUGAU